AUGAGCCUCGAUUCAAAGAAUCUGGACAAUUAUCAGCGCAUAGAAAAGGUCGGAGAGGGAACCUAUGGCGUCGUUUACAAGUCAAAGUAUAAGCUCACUGAUCAAUUAGUCGCGCUCAAGAAGAUCAGACUCGAAGGAGAAGAAGAUGGUGUUCCCGCAACAAGUAUUCGAGAAAUAUGCACGUUGAAAGAACUCCAGCAUCCGAACAUCGUCAAGCUCAUCGAUGUUAUUUUGGACACUACGAAAGUUUAUUUGGUCUUUGAGUACUUGUACAUGGAUCUCAAGAGAUACAUUGACGAGCAAAAGACAGAAAAGACAAGAAUGGACAUGGGACUCACUACAAGCUACGCUUACCAAGUCUGCCAGGCAAUGGACUUUUGCCACUCGCGGCGAAUCAUUCAUCGUGAUAUGAAGCCACAGAAUCUGUUGAUUGACAGAGGAGGACUCAUAAAAAUCGCCGAUUUCGGCCUUGCGCGGGCAUACAAGAUCCCUUUCCGGCCACUGACACAUGAAGUGAUAACGAUGUGGUACCGAGCUCCUGAGAUUAUGCUCGGAAAGGCCAUCUACAGCUGCCCAGUAGACUGCUGGUCCGUCGGCGCUAUUAUCGCGGAAAUGCUUACGAACGUCGCGAUUUUCGCUGGCGACUCUGAAAUCGACCAGCUCUUUAAAAUCUUCCGUGUUCUCGGAACACCGACAGAAGACACCUGGCCAGGGGUCUCCCAACUUUCAGAGAACAAUUUAGAAUUCAAUCUAAACUUCCCUAUCUUUCCUCGUGGCGAGUGGCCUAAUCCGCAACGCUUUAAAAUUCCUGCAGCAGCUGUCGAUCUUGUUCACAAAUUCCUCGAUUUCGAUCCUGCGAAAAGACUGACUGCAAAGGAGGCUCUCGACCAUCCUUUUUUCGACAGGCUAAACAAAACCCUGUUUCCGGGCAAUAAAGUCCCGGCAGUCCCUUACUACGACGAGGAAGCGUCGAAAGCCGCAGCAAUCCUUAACCUCCCCCUUCCCGAAUGGAAAGAGAACCAAGCCGCCUAA